AUGGACAGUAUGGACUGCAUAAAUGAGAGAGUGAUGGGUGUAACGUUAACUAUAGAACAGACAAAAAUUAGCAUUAUCCAAACAUAUGCUCCACAACAGGGCAGAAGUCUGAGGGAGAAAGAGCAGUUUUAUGAAACUCUACAGGAAAUGACAGAAACAAUAAGACAUCACGAGAAUGUCAUUGUCAUGGGAGACAUGAAUGGACAUGUCGGACAGAAUAGAGAUGGAGUAGAGCACGUCAUCGGAGAGUUUAGCAUUGGCGAAAGGAACCAGGAGGGAGAAAGAAUAAUAGAUUAUUGUGUGAUGAAUAACAUGUCCAUUAUGAAAACUUAUUAUAAAUAUCAGGAGAGCCAUAAAUGGACAUGGUAUCGGUGGAAUGCAGCACAACAAGGAUAUACUGAGAGGUCAAUGAUUGACCUGUUUCUCACCAACAAGAAAAACAUAUUUAAAGAUGUUAGGACCAUACCAUCUGUGUCCUUAGACUCUGACCACAGGUUGGUGGUGGCUAAAUUGAAAAUUGUAAAACCAAAGGAAAAAGUCAAGAAAAAGCAAAAGAGAUUCAAACUGGAAAACCUCAAGGACGAAGAGAAGAAGCAAGCACUGCGGCAACUGCUGAUUUGUGAUAACUUCUGGCACGUUUUCCACUCCGCAGGCACAGGCGUGUGGCAGAUAAAGCCGAGGAACAACACGGUGGAGGAAGGUCGUGCUGUCCGUCUAACUUGCCACAUGGCCUCCUUACCCGUGGCCUCCUACAUCUGGCUCAAAGACAAUGCCGCACUGCCGGUAAACAAAUCCAGGUACUACCAGCCCAAGCCCGGGGUGCUGCAGAUCACUAACGUGCAGCCCCAGGACCAAGGCAUGUUCAGGUGUAAAGCAAUCAAUGACAUGCUCAAUGAGGAGUUUCUGAGCAACUGGGGCUACCUCACUGUGGUCCCUCGCAAGAAUGAAGAGGGGCACCUUUUCCAGCACUCGCUCCUCGCCGUGCCAUCCAAGGUGGAGGUUCACAAAGGGGAGGAGGCGGUGCUGGAAUGUAUCACUGACGACGAGGAGCCUGACCUUCACUGGACGAGGAUAGAUGAGACUCCCAUCGCGAAAAACAGGACAAUUAGAAAAGGUCAAGGGUCCCUAGUAUUUCCCAGCGUCUCGGAACAAGACACCGGCGUCUACAAUUGCACCGCCGUCAGCAAGAAGAGCAGGGACCCGAUCAGUACUCAGAUGAUCGAGUUCACUAUGAUGACGCCGCCGAAGGUUCAGCUCUCCAUGAGCGUCAGCAAGCGCCCCGUUCCACUCAACACCAACGUCAGCAACGGAGAGACAGUGCGGAUCACCUGCGCCACGUGGGGCACACCUGCACCCUCCAUCUCCUGGUACAAGAAUGGAAUCCUGCACGUGGAGACUGGCCGUCACAAAUUCACCAAUAAAAAUUCAACCAAAACCUUCAACUCGGAGGACUUAUUCAUUGGCAUCAUCAUGUCCACAGACACAGGACUUUACCAGUGUGUGACCAGGAACAGGGCAGGUGUGGCCUCCGAUGCUUUCAUCCUUAACAUUCCCAUGGUGGCAAAUUUACCCUUGCCUCCCGUCAACGUGAGUGCAGUGGCGAUCGAUCACGAAAGUGUGAACGUGAGCUGGAUGCCCUCACCUGAUAAUGUAUCCGGAUACAUCAUCAACUUUAUAACAGGUAAGCCUCGGAAAAAAAAAAUUUAA